CAAACAAAAUUCCCUUUAUUUCGUCAAAUCCCUCUUUCCCUUCAACUUCUUCGAGUCGCCGAUCUUCUUCUCGACGCAGCGAUGACAGGAUCAACAAUGGCGUCAGAGCUCCCGGUGGAACCACAAUCGUUCAAGAAACUCAGUUUUAAAUCGAUUAAACGCUCUCUAGAUCUCUUCUCUCCUACUCACUCUCAGCUACCCCCUCCUGACGCCGAAAGCAAGAAGAUACGCAUGAGCCAUAAGCUACAUGUUGAGUACGGUGGAAUAAAGAGUGUUUCAAACCAGUCUACCAAGAAUUCCACACAAAAUCAUGUUGCACCUUCCACCUCAAAUGCUCUUGUGCUAUCAGGUUCUGCAAAUUCUGAGAAGACUGGUACUCAAAGUGAUUUAGCCAUUGUUCAACCAAAGAACUUAGGUGAUGGCAAUAAGGCCGGAAAAAGCACUGCCGUCAUUCCUGCUCGUGGUACUUCAGAAAGGAAUCUGCCAACUGCAGCUCUUAUGGAAAGAAUCCCGAGCAGAUGGCCACGUCCUGUAUGGCAUGCUCCAUGGAAAAACUACAGAGUCAUUAGUGGCCAUUUGGGGUGGGUGAGAUCUGUUGCGUUUAGUCCAAAUAACGAGUGGUUCUGUACCGGUUCUGCAGAUCGAACAAUUAAGAUUUGGGAUACUGGGUCAGGACGGUUAAGGUUGACACUAACAGGGCAUAUAGAACAAGUUAGAGGUCUCGCUGUUAGCACCAGGCAUACCUACAUGUUCUCUGCUGGUGAUGACAAACAAGUUAAAUGCUGGGAUCUAGAACAGAACAAGGUUAUUCGGUCAUAUCAUGGCCAUUUGAGUGGUGUUUAUUGCUUGGCACUUCAUCCCACUAUUGAUGUUCUUCUUACAGGUGGUCGUGAUUCUGUUUGCCGGGUAUGGGACAUUCGCAGCAAGAUGCAAAUUCAUGCUCUUUCAGGCCACGACAAUACAGUCUGUUCAGUGUUUACGCGACCUACUGAUCCUCAAGUUGUAACCGGCUCCCAUGACUCUACCAUUAAGUUCUGGGAUCUUAGAUAUGGUAAAACAAUGGCAACUCUUACUCAUCAUAAGAAAUCUGUACGUGCAUUGGCCCAGCAUCCUAUCGAGGAUAGCUUUGCUUCAGCAUCAGCCGACAAUAUAAAAAAGUUCAGUCUUCCUAGAGGAGAAUUUUUGCACAACAUGCUUUCCCAACAGAAGACCAUAAUUAAUGCAAUGACGGUGAAUCAAGAGGGUGUUUUGGCAACUGGAGGUGACAACGGGAGUUUGUGGUUCUGGGACUGGAAAAGUGGUCAUAGUUUCCAACAAUCUCAAACGAUUGUUCAACCUGGGUCAUUGGAUAGUGAGGCUGGAAUAUACGCGCUAUCGUAUGACAUAACAGGCUCGAGGCUGAUUACAUGUGAAGCCGACAAAACGAUCAAAAUGUGGAAAGAAGACGAAAACGCCACACCUGAAACUCACCCGGUGAACUUCAAGCCACCUAAAGACAUUCGUAGGUUUUAGACAUAAUUUAAGGGCCGAGUUUUGAAGAAAUUAUAUUGUGUUAACUGUAUUGUAAUUUUGAGUUUAGUAGCUCUGGGAAAGUGUUGAUUUAGUGUUUUUGAUAUGAUAAUGAGAUAUGGCGACACAAAUGGGCCAGGUUAUGUCUAAGAAAUUGCAGGAUGUCAUGAAGACAUGCUUCCUCAAAGGUUAAGUAGCA